AUGUACUGGCACUUCUUAGUGGAAGGUAUCCAAGGUCGACUCAACGAAAGCAACCAUUAUUUUGUUCGCAAGGUGCUAGAGGUGUGCAUAGAACGAAUCACGAAGAACCGAAAGGGAUUCUACCACCGUCACCAUGGCACAUGGUUGAUGGUGCGGUCAUGCACACGAAGUGCAUUAGCCCUUCUUGCUGCUGCCCAGCAUAAUGACCUGAAAGGGUUCCUUCCACUGGACUGGAAGAAAGCAGUGAUUGAUGUCACAGCGAUGCUCAAUUUUUGGCAAGAUGAAUCCAGAGAUGUGCUAGAGAUGCUCAGCAUGGUGGAACUGCUUCUGAGAGAGGAGGAUAGUGCAGAUUGCCAAUAG